AUGGCCAGCAAUAAAUCCAGUAGUUGGGUGUGGAAAAUCUUCAUCAUCAGGACAUAUGCCACAACCAAGAGCAUAACCACGAUCAUCAUUAGUUUUAAUGAUAAAACAAUGAGUGGGAUGAAGUUCCACACCAGAGAGAAAAAUCUCAGCGAAAAACAAUUUAGAAGACAUCUUAAGAUGGUUCAAUUACAUGGGAGUGACCACCGAGGAGAUCUGUCCCUUCAUAGGUCCACCACAAUCAUUUCACCAGCGUGUCCUCAUUAUACCAUAGAGAACUAUUUAAAGUACUUCCCUUGCGACGACACUGAGGUAAAUAGCUCAUUGAUGGUGCAUUUGAAGAUAGCUGGACCUUGCCUCAUACUUUUUACACUGAAUUACACAUAUUAUGAUCUGAACCAUGCGACUCAAGUAUAUGAGGGUGGUCAUGUAAUAGAUAACGAGAAUAACCAUUUAUUAGUUAGCGAGAAUAAUCAUUUAGUAGUAGUCGUUGGGUCGGGAUGUUUGAGAGGGAUUGAGUACUGGCUCUAUCUAAAUAAUUGGGGACCACGGUGGGGUCGCAAUGGGAGAGGCAUGAUUGCAAAAUGGUACCCUGAAGCCAGGAAUGGAGUUUCAAACACAAGGUUAAACUUCAACGUAUGGAAAAUGGCCAGCAAUAAAUCCAGUACUUGGGUGUGGAAACUCUUCAUCAUCAGGACAUAUGCCACAACCAAGAUCAUCAUUAGGUUUAAUGACAAAACAAUGAGUGGGAUGAAGUUUCACACCAGAGUAAAAAAUCUCAGCGAAAAACAAUUGCGGAAACAAGUCGGCAGCACAUUCAACAUUUUCAGAAACAGCCUUGAAGAAGAUGUGAUGAUAUGCUCCUGGCUCUAA